AUGAGAGUAUACAGCUUUAUUGUCCUUAAUGAUUGUUCCAGCCUGGACUGUGACGACUUUGAUAUAAUUCCUGAUCAAUCGGAUAUGGACUACGGAGCUACGGAGUCACCAGAAACUCCAGACUAUAUGAAUAAUAAUAAUUCAUCGCCAACUCGUAGUGCAGCAACCGAUCAUUCAGCAUCAAACCAGCUAAAUAAUCAAAUGGAUCAGAGUCAUGCAGUUAAUAACGCAAAUUCUACCGUUCCUAAUCGUAUCGAUCCCGUAACUGGUAGAAUAUUGGAGCCUGUAGAUCCUUUUACUGGACGAAGAUAA